UGUACAACUGAAUACUAGAUCUCGAGCCAAUUCCGGCGCUCGCUGUCGACAUGAACCUCCCCGGCUUAAUGAGGUCUUCGACUUGGCUUCAUGAGCCGUAUGCUCUCGUUUCCUUUCUCUCUGCUCUCUCUCUUCUUCUUCUUCUUCUUCUUCUUUCUUCUCUUUUUGGCUUUGCGAGUUUGGGGUUCCUGGCGUUCACAGUCUUGGUGGAUGGAGUUGGGAAAGAUGGUUUUCGGGCUAUUAGUACUUGGGCUCCUGGGUGACACCCCGCUGCUGGGAGUGAGCAAGGAUUUGGAACUUCUCGCAGGCUAUUGACGGUAAUGGCAUGUAUGUACGGAUAAGCAAAAUGUAAAUAUGUCGGAGUACAGAGAAUGCGGGAUGUUGA